AUGUGUUGUGUUAUAAAGGCUAUAACUGGCUGGCAUGUUGCUGAAACAGCUGCUAUUUCCCGCGAGAGGUGUGGGGGCCAAGGGUAUCUGUCCUGUAACAAGUUUGGCAGUGGUAUCGCUGGUUCGCAUUCCUCCAUGACGGCCGAAGGGGACAACUCAGUCCUGAUGCAGAAGGUGGCUUCAGAAAGGCUGAUGAGUCUCAAGCCAUCCAUGUUGGAGGUAGCGGCCAGCUAUGUGCCGAAGGCUGUGACCCGGAUCUUCGGUUGGGCCAAUCUCAACAACCCGAAAUACUUGCAGGAGCUUUUAGGGUCACGAGAGAAAGAUCUAUUUUUGAGCCUUGGAAUGAAUAUGAUGAAGGCUGGGAAGGAGGGAAGAUUUGACACCUGGAUGUACAUGGAACAGGAUCUUGUCCAAGCUGCUGCUCGUGUGUAUGGUGAACGACUCAUCAGUGAAUGUUUUGGCAAAGCUCUUGAUAAAGCUGACCCUGGUCUGCAACCAGUUCUCCAGAAACUUCAUCAUCUCUAUCAGAUGUCAGUCAUCAAGAAGGAUCUCGGCUACUUCACCACCUCGGGGCUGAUGUCUACGUGGACUGGGGCUAAAGUUGGGAAGGCAGCUGCUGACCUGUGUCGAGAAGUGGCACCGCAGGCCACUGCACUGUGUGAUGCAUUUGGAUUCACCGACGAAAUGCUUAAUGCCCCAAUUGCAAGAGACUGGGUCAAAUAUAAUGCAGUUGAUAGUAAAGGGGAAGUCGAAGGUGUGCAGUAUUGA